ACCAAUCAGUUGUGGAACAGAAGUCGUCGAAAGCGGAAAAGAAUGUUCGAUUUGACGGGGAAGCAUGUCUGCUAUGUGGCGGACUGCGGAGGAAUCGCAUUGGAGACCAGCAAGGUUCUCAUGACCAAGAACAUAGCGAAACUGGCUAUUUUACAAAGUGUAGAAAAUCCUCAAGCCAUCGCUCAACUUCAGUCGAUAAAGCCGAGUACGCAGAUAUUUUUCUGGACUUACGAUGUAACCAUGGCCAGGGAAGAAAUGAAAAAGUACUUCGAUGAGGUGAUGGUUCAAAUGGAUUAUAUCGAUGUGCUGAUCAAUGGAGCAACUUUGUGUGACGAAACCAACAUCGAUGCCACUAUCAACACAAAUCUAACUGGAAUGAUGAACACUGUAGCCACUGUACUGCCACAUAUGGACAGAAAAAUGGGAGGAUCUGGCGGACUUAUUGUGAAUGUUACUUCUGUUAUUGGAUUGGAUCCUUCGCCAGUUUUCUGCGCUUAUAGUGCAUCUAAAUUCGGAGUGAUUGGGUUUACCAGAAGUCUAGCGGACCCUCUUUACUAUUCCCAAAACGGAGUGGCUGUCAUGGCGGUUUGUUGCGGACCUACAAGGGUUUUUGUGGAUCGGAAACUUAAAGCCUUUUUGGAGUACGGGCAAUCCUUUGCCGAUCGCCUUCGCCGAGCCCCCUGCCAGUCGACAUCUGUUUGUGGUCAGAACAUUGUGAAUGCCAUCGAGAGAUCGGAGAAUGGUCAGAUAUGGAUUGCUGAUAAGGGUGGACUGGAGCUGGUCAAAUUACAUUGGUACUGGCAUAUGGCCGAUCAGUUCUUGCACUAUAUGCAAAGCAACGACGAAGAGGAUCAAGAUUAAUUUCGAAUCAAAUAAAAACAAAGAGUUUCACCAAAAGUAGGCAAGCCAUUUUUAUAAAAUUAUAAAUAUGGGUCAUCUAUGGGGUGUGAAUUAAUAAUGACAAAUAUUAGGGUGCCUAAAAGUAUGCAGCUGCUUUAGAG